ACAUACUCAAAGCCAAAACUUUUGCUGCUCUUUGCUUCUUUAAACCACACAGAGAGGAAAAACAAAACCCACCAAAAAAGGUAGCAAACGAUGGACAUUCACGGUUUAUCCAGCGAUGCUAAACAAGGACUUUACACGUCGGAAUCCGAUGAUCUCUGCGUUGAUUUCAGAGGCAGACCCUGCAUACCUCGUAAACAUGGCGGAGCUCGAGCCGCUCUCUUCGUUCUCGGGCUCCAAGCCUUUGAAAUGAUGGCGAUUGCUGCGGUUGGAAACAACCUGAUCACUUAUGUGUUCAAUGAGAUGCAUUUUCCACUGUCGAAAUCUGCAAAUAUCGUCACGAACUUCAUAGGAACUGUCUUCCUUCUCUCCCUCCUUGGCGGCUUUCUCUCUGAUUCUUACCUCGGUAGCUUCCGUACAGUUCUUGUCUUCGGCUCUGUCGAAAUAUCCGGUUUCAUAUUGUUGUCGGUCCAAGCUCAUCUUCCUCAGCUUAGGCCACGUGACUGCGACAUGAAGAGCACGAGACACUGCCCAGAAGCAAAGGGCUACGAGGCCGUGAUUCUUUACACUGCACUGUACUUGAUUGCCUUAGGAAGCGGAUGUCUGAAACCGAAUAUCAUAUCUCAUGGAGCCAACCAGUUCUUGAAAGAAGACUCGAGGAAGCUCUCAAGCUUCUUCAAUGGCGCUUACUUUGCUUUUUGCAUGGGCGAGCUCCUCGCUCUUACCCUCCUCGUUUGGGUUCAAACCCAUUCGGGCAUGGACGUCGGUUUCGGUGUCUCUGCUGCUGUAAUGGCUGCUGGUAUGAUCUGUCUGGUCUCUGGUACUCCUUUCUAUAGGAACAAACCUCCAAACGGUAGUAUCUUCACUCCGAUCUCUCAGGUUUUCGUAGCUGCAGUCACGAAAAGGAAGCAGAGUUUCCCUUCGAACAUGGAAACGCUUCACCAGUCUUCAAGCGAUCGUGUCAGACCUCUUCUUCACACUGACAAGUUCAGGUUUCUUGACAAAGCCUGCAUCAAAAUGCAAGACAAAGGGAGCGAAAGCCAGUGGAGACUCUGCACCGUCGAACAAGUGGAGCAAGUCAAGAUUCUCUUGUCAGUUGUGCCGAUUUUCGCAUGUACCAUCGUCUUCAACACAAUCUUGGCUCAGCUCCAAACCUUCUCGGUCCAACAAGGAAGCAUCAUGAACACACAUAUCACUAAACGCUUUGAAAUCCCUCCGGCUUCGCUUCAGUCAAUCCCUUACAUCAUCCUCAUAUUCGUCGUCCCUCUCUACGAGACAUUCUUCGUCCCCAUAGCCCGGAAACUCACGGGAAAAGACUCGGGUAUCUCUCCUCUCCAGAGAAUAGGCGCAGGGCUGUUCCUGGCAACUUUCUCUAUGGUGGCUGCUGCAUUAAUCGAAGCAAAGAGACGGAAAUCGUCUUUUCAUCAUGGCGAGACACUCUCGAUCUUCUGGAUCGCUCCACAGUUUCUGAUAUUCGGAUUGUCAGAGAUGUUCACCGCUGUUGGAUUGGUGGAGUUCUUCUACAAACAGUCUUCUCAGAGAAUGCAGUCUUUUCUCACGGCCAUGACGUAUUGUUCGUACUCAUUCGGGUUCUAUCUGAGCUCCAUCCUCGUCUCGUUGGUGAACCACGUUACUUCUAAAGGCUCUGGAGGAGGAUGGCUCAGCGAUAACGACCUUAACAAAGACAGAUUGGAUCUUUUCUACUGGCUUUUAGCUGCGUUGAGCUUUUUCAAUUUCUUCCAUUAUCUUUUCUGGUCAAGGUGGUAUUCUUGCGAUAAAUCUGCUUCGCCCGCAAUUUGUAACGCAGAGAUUCACGCAUCCGAGGACUUAGAGGGCCGAAACAACGAAAAAGUCGGGAACUUUAUGAGGGUAUGAGAUCACUGUGUUCUUAGGAGGAGGAGAGAAGUUUAGUUCUACUGAUCUUUUUAUGUAGUUUGAUCUGUUUCAUUAGAGAUUGUUCUAAAUUUAGCUGCAAGGUUUCAA